AUGGCGGCGAACAUGUCAUAUCCCUAUACUCGAAGUCUGACUUAUGCUGAGUUUCCAACUAAGUUUGUUUGGAAGGACGAUGCUUUAAAGUGGUUUCCUCAAAAGCAAGGCUUCGCAAUUGGAAGACCAGAACAUGUCUGGGAUAGAUGUUGGCAUAAACUCUCAGAUGAUAUUUUGCAUCGACAAAGAACCGUGAUGAACAUGAGGGAGUUAACCAUGUCAGAUGAUGAGAUUAAUCAGUUGUGCUUAAUGGAUAUAGACAAGAUCUUACAUUCUUAUGGUAAAACCUUGAAAGACUAUCCUCCUAUGCCUUUAACAUUUGAAGUUGAUAGUUCUUUGUUAACCGAAAAGGGAUUUUUCUUUGUGUAUGGUUAUGGAGGUACUGAAAAAAUAUUUCUCUGGAACCUUAUAUCUGCUGAGAUUCACUUAAGGGGUGAUAUUGUGUUAAACAUUGCUUCAAGUAGUAUUGCAUCUUUACUUCUUCCCAAUGGAAGAACGGUACUCAAACUAACAAAAAACAUGAGACUCUCUAUAUGGACGACUGCUUCAGAUCAAGAUGAGACAGAGCAAUUUGGUGAGUGGUUAUUGAAAGUUUGUGAUGGUAUAAUAUGUGACAAUAUGGAUGGUGAAUCUGAGAUAUGUCUUCCAGGAGAUAUUGUUAUUCCUUCUUCGGACCAAGCAUUUGAUGAGUUAGUUCAUUUUUCUUAUCCAAAUAUUUUGGAUAACAUGUCCUCAAAGGAUUUUUUCAAAGCAAGAACUAUACUGGCUCCCACGCUGGACAUCGUUGAAGAGGUCAACAACCAUCUGAUGGCUAUCAUUCCUGGAGGAAAAAAAGUAUAUCUUAGUUCGGAUUCGAUUUGUAUGGAUGAAGGAAAUAUGAAGAGUCAACUAGAUCUCUAUGGUCCUGAAUUACUGAAUAGCAUAAAUUGCUCUGGUUUGCCUCCACAUAAAUUAAUACUCAAGGUUGGUGAUCUGGUGAUGUUACUGAGGAAUAUUGACCAAUCUAGUGGUCUUUGUAAUGAUACAAGGCUACAAGUUAGGAAGCUUGGAAAUCAUGUCAUAGAAUGUGAAGUCUUAACAGAUAACAAUGUUGGUCAUAUUGCUUUGACUCCAAGAAUGAAUAUGGUACCAACAAAUGAAACCAUCUCAAUUAGAUUCCAACGAAGACAGUUUUCCAUAAUAGUAUCGUUUGCCAUGACAAUUAAUAAGUCUCAAGAACAAACUUUAUCUCAUGUUAGAUUGUACUUGUCCAAACUAGUUUUAACACAUGGCCAACUAAAUGUGGCACUUUCAAGAGUUAAGAGUAAGAAAUGUUUAAAAGUUUUACUUAUGAAUCACGUAGGAAUGUCUGUAAAUUCAACCUCAAUGUUGUUUAUAGAGAAGUCUUUGAAAAAAUAG